AGAGGUGGUAUAUAUACCUUAAUCUAGGAUGUCGACGGUGAUGCCUCGCAUUGGUUGCUAUAAUCGCCAGUAUCAGGCUGCCAGAUUUCCAACUUCAAGGGGUCCUAUACGAAUGGUCGAUAUAGGUAAGACAGCCCUUUAUCAUGCGGUCAAUGGGCGGUGCCCAGAGGUGCAGUGCAGUGCCAGUGCUUCGCAACAGCUUCCCGAUCUGGAAUAGACUCGCAUGCGUGGCGGGGAGGAAGGAUUACACGAGCACUGCCUGCCGGAUGGCAACUUUUCUCGUCUUCCUAUUAUUCUGCUGUCAAACUGGUCGCAUAAUGAGCACAACAAGGCCAAAGCCCUGCAGGGAGACACUCUUAUCGUUGGUAUUGCUGCUAUUGCUGCCUGGGUUCAUGUCUGGAUCCACUCCAUGGCCUGACAAUGGAACCAUUUCCCCGAUCUGACUAAAGCCCUCGGGAUGAUCGGAUCGUCUCCUGAUUUUGAGCGGAGACUCACCUCUGUCUACUUAUACCGUGUAAAAUGCCGGUUCAUA